AAGGACUCUGAGAGGAGUCAGCAGAGAUCAUCAGACAUCAGAGGAGACGGUCGGCCUCAGCAGCUCAUACCAGCGGGCAAAAUGGACUGAUAAACGUCACGGUUUAGGGGCGAUGUUCAGAUUUGUUUGCCAUGGAAACGGAUAUGAUACCAAAAUUCUCCUCAAAAGACGAGGAAAUUGACUUCUGGAAGACUCUCUCCCUCAAGUACAAGGAAAGCUGUCAGGAGGCUCGGGAGGAGCUGCUGGAGUUCCAGGAGGGCAGCAGGGAGCUGGAGGCCGAGCUGGAAGCACAGCUGGGCCAGGCCGAGCAUCGUAUGAAGGACCUGCAGUCUGAGAACCACAGACUCAAGAGUGAGGUCGACACGCUCAAGGAGAGGUUUGAGCAGCAGUACACUCAGAGCUACAAGCAGAUCUCCAUGCUGGAGGACGACCUCGGCCAAACACGCAGCAUCAAGGAGCAGCUUCACAAAUAUGUGCGAGAGCUGGAACAGUCCAACGAUGACUUGGAGAGAGCCAAAAGAGCCACCAUCGUGUCUCUGGAGACCUUUGAGCAGCGUCUGAACCAGGCAAUCGAGAGGAACGCCUUCCUGGAGAGCGAGCUGGAUGAGAAGGAGUCGCAUCUGGUUUCUGUGCAAAGAUUUAAGGAUGAAGCCAGAGACUUGCGGCAGGAGCUGGCCGUGCGAGAGAGGCAGACCGAUGUGACCAGGAUGUCGGCUCCAAGUUCUCCCACAGAGGACAACGAGAAGAUGGACACUGCUGUUCAAGCCUCCCUCUCGCUCCCUGCCACCCCACUGAGCAAAGGUCUGGACAAUGCCUUUGCCAACACAACAGGUCUAUCGAACAGCUUUGGCAGUAACUCUCCGCUGACUCCUUCUGCCAGAAUAUCGGCCCUCAACAUCGUCAGUGAUUUACUCCGGAAAGUCGGGGCUCUAGAGUCGAAGCUUGCCGCGUGCAGGAACUUCGCCAAGGACCAGAAAGCGAGGAAGGCGUUUGCUCUGGACAACGGCAACGUGCUCAACGCAAACACCGCCAACUAUUCGCAAUCGCUCCACACAUCCUAUUUUGACAAAGCGACAGAGAUGGUCACAUUCCCUGCAUUGAUUCUGGCAGGACCUUGAACGGACUGAAGCCUGGUACCCUGACAGCCAUCACCGCCCCUCCUGCUGCCUCCUCCCCGGGCUUAGUGCCCCUCGCUGUGUGACGGUAAACCCAACACACUCGUCCUCCCAAUCAAAUAUCUCAUCUAAAGAAGAGAAGGCCUCAGACAAAUACUGUAAAACUUUAUUGAUGUCCUGUUAUACCCUGGGCCCGCUCGAUACACUGUAAUUAUGGGUCCCUGUCUGUAUAUUUCAUGCGUUACUGUAUCUGCUGUUUGCUCACUGGCUUGUACAAAGAUCUACUCUUCACAUAUUUAAAGAUUUCUCAAGGAUCUCACACUGAUUUGUGAAAUGUGUGCACCGUGUCAUCUAAAAAGUGUGGAUGGAUUACUGAUCGGGUCUACUGGGCACAGGCCAAAUGGCCCAAAGUGUCAGGGCCCCCCCUGGCCUUCACCUACAAAAUGUCACUCAGAGAGACACGUGCCACCCAGGAAAAGACUUAAAAUGACUACAAAGAGGCACAAGACAACCACAGAGCCUCAAAAUAAAUACAAAGAGACACAAAGAGACUCAGAACGACUUCAAAAAGACCAAAGUAAUUGCAAAGUUUCUGUGCCCGGGGGCCCGUUAUCUCAUAAUCCGCCAAUGCUAAAAAGGGAAAUAUUAUGCAAUUAAAGUUUUAACUGCUUUUUUUGUUUUUUACUACUUAGCAAUAAUUUCAGUUAAGUGCACUCCCAUACACUUGCUGAAUGAAUGGAAUUGACCAGUUUAAUGGGAUGACACACGUGAAGAUGUCCUGGAUAAUCGUACACCACACGCCUGUGUCUCCAGCAAUUAUUGAUGUUUUCAAAAUGUCCAGGUUGUUUUAAACAUUAUCUCUGGUGUCUUGGUUGAGCAGAGGUGGUGAUGGCCUGGUGGUGUAGUGGUAUACCUUCCAAACAAAACACUAGAGGGUUGGGAGUUCAAUACCAGGCUGCCACCAUUGUACUGCAGAGCAAGGUACUUAACUCUGAGUUGCUCCAGGGAGACUGUCCCUGUCCCUGUACCUAGUUCAAUGUAAGUGGCUCUGAAUAAGAGCGUCUGCUAAAUGACCUGUAAUGUAAUUGGUGAUUUUUGGAUUUUAACUGUAAUCGUGUGAGCCCUGUUUAUAGUGCAUUUAGUUUCAAAGCUGUUUCUAAAGAAGGGAAGGGGAGUCUUUGUCAUUGUAGUGAGUCAACACACCAUCUCUCCUCUGAACUAUGUGACAUGAUGUGUACAGUAUUGGUCAUAUUGAUCGUUAUUCAUAGACGGCCCUUUAAGAGACGCUGUCGUCGUGUUCAGACCAGUUAACCAGCAUUCUUGUGUUCUGUAUAAGUGUUUUCUCCUGUUUUAAAAGCAAUGAUUUAUUACACUGACACAUUUUCAGUACUGUACACGAGGAGCAAUUGAAGCACUUUGACUUUGUGUGAACUCACUUUUAUUUCAAGUGCAAUAUUGCCUGUUUUGUUAGUUUGUGGGUUUAAUUUAUUUCAGAUUGCUUUUACGGCAUGUUUUAAUAAAAGGUGCAAUUAUGUUAAAA